UUCUCCUGGUCGAAGGCUUUUCCCGCGCUUCGCGCCCCGCCCCAUCGCUGAGCGCGCGCUGCUAGAAGCCUCCGGCGAGUCCUCACUCUUUCCGGGCCUGGGAAGUUUGCAGCGGCCCAAAAAGUUUCUUGUUUGUGGUGGCGCGGCAAUGCAGCGCGACCAGCCUCUGAAGGUCCGCUCUGGGAACGAGCAGUGGCCUGAAUCCAGCAUGCAGCCAGCCGGAGGAGGGGGCGUCGGGGCCGGAGCCUGGAACCACAGCCGCGAGGCGCUGGAGCUACUGGAGACGCAGCUGCGCUGCUCGCGCUGCCUCAAUAUCCUGAGGGAACCGGUGUGCUUAGGAGGAUGUGAACAUAUCUUCUGCAGUGUGUGCGUGGGCGACUGCAUCGGUACGGAGUGUCCAGUGUGUCACACACCUGCCUGGAUACAGGAUGUGAAGAUAAACAGACAGUUAGACAACAUGAUCCAGUUAUGCAGCAGGCUUCGAAAUCUGUUACACAACACCACUGGUACAGAUGAGGAAGAAAGCACCCCUAGGACAAGAGCAUCACUGGAUGAAGAUGAAAACAACAAGAAAUUCAUAAAAAUGUGGUUUAGCCCUCGUAGCAAGAAAGUCAGAUAUGUCCUAAAUAAAACUUUAGUGCAGACCCAGCCUCAGCCAGUUGAGAAUGAACAGGAUUAUCAAGCCUUUGAAUUUAGUUCCUCAUCUCUUGAAAAAGACUCUCCCCAGAGGCCUAAAAAAGUUACCCGAAAAACUAGAAAAAAGCAGAAAAAAAGAAGUUUAGUUGAAAUUAAUAAAAAAUGGGAUUUGGAAGAAGAAAAGCAAAAAGAAAUCCACCAACCUGAUGAGAGUUUCAAUGAGAAACCUAAAGAAAAGUCAGUAUCAUUCUGUAACCAACCCUCUGUUCUGGGAACCCCAGAGAACCCACCAGUACUAAAUGGUGAUCUCUUAGAUCAUGGCUCUGUUACAGAGGCCGUUCCUACUGCAGUGGUGACUGAGAGCUCCCCAUUGCCGGUCACACAAGCAGAUUCUGUAGAAAUGGAUAGAGAUAGCGAGGUAGCAUCCUCCCACCCAGAAUCUUUUUGUGAGGAUAACUUCACUUCAGAGACUUCCUUGCCAUUGAGGAAUGGGGGAGCAUGGGAGAGGCAGCAGCCCAACUCCUUUGUUGUGCCUGUUUCUAAAAGGCCUAGAAGAAGAAGAAGCCAGCAGAGAGUCAGAAGAGCAUCUCUGAGCUCAGAUGUCCCCCUGGAGUCAUUAACCCCUCGUGAAGAAAGUGCCCCAUCUCCCACGUCCAAAAGCCUAGCUGAUGAGCCAUUCCUGAGGGUGAGGAACAGUGAUGUACUGAAUGACUCAAUCAACUUCUCCCCCCACAAAUCUUCUGGUACUUCAUCAUCAUCCCUGUUGAAUAGCCCUUGUCAGCCGUGGAUAGUGUCCAGCCCUUCUGUGGUGAAGAUGUCUCCCACCAGCCCUAUGACCGUCAAGAGAAACCAUAGAGGGGAGACUCUACUCCAUAUUGCUUCUAUUAAGGGUGACAUACCAUCUGUUGAACGCCUUCUCCAAAAUGGAAGUGACCCAAAUGUUAAAGACCAUGCUGGAUGGACUCCAUUGCAUGAAGCCUGUAAUCAUGGACAUCAGAAGGUUGUGGAACUGCUCUUGGAGCACAAGGCUUUGGUAAACACCACUGGCUACCAGAAUGACUCACCACUCCAUGAUGCAGUCAGGAAUGGGCACGUGAGCAUUGCCAAGCUGUUGCUCUCUCAUGGAGCCUCCCGGAGUGCUGUAAACAUAUUUGGUCUCCGGCCUGUGGAUUAUGCAGAAACUGAAGCUAUGAAAUCGGUAUUGUUGCUGCCAGAAGAGAGUGAAAUAUAUGAAAUUGGCCAAUGCUCAAAAUCAUUGAAUACUAGUUAUCGAAGAGAUGACCCCCUGGUUCUCCUCAGCAGCGGCCUCACCUCAGAUCAGCAAAAGUUACUAAGUAAGCUUUCAGCAGUUCUUAAGGCUAAGAAGUGUACUGAGUUUAACAGCAUGGUCACUCAUAUCAUUGUUCCUGGUGAUACAGCCCAAAGAACCAUGAAAUGUAUUCUUGGUAUCAUCAGUGGAUGCUGGAUUCUAAAAUUUGAUUGGGUAAAGGCCUGUCUAGAAAGCAGAAUGUGUGAACCGGAGGAAAAAUAUGAAAUACUUGGUGGUCCACAGAGAAGCAGGCUCAACAGAGAACAGCUGCUGCCAAAGUUGUUUGAUGGCUGUUACUUCUAUUUUGAGGGAAUUUUCAAACAUCAUUCAAAGGAUGAGCUUGUAAAACUGGCCAAAGAAUCUGGAGGGCAGAUCCUCAAUCGAAAGCCAAAACCAGACAGUGAUGUGACCCAGACGAUCAAUACGGUAUCAUACCAUGCCAGACCUGACUCUGAUCAGCGGUUCUGCACACAGUAUAUCAUCUAUGAUGCUUUCUCUAAUUAUCACCCAGAGAGGGUUCGUCAGGGCAAAGUUUGGAUGGCCCCUUCCAACUGGUUUAUAGACUGCUUGAUGGCAUUCCAGGUGCUUCCUGUUACCAAGUGAAAACCAUUCCUUCUCCCAGGUGGGAUUUGGGCACUUUGACAGAAACAUGAUGGUUGUACUUAGUUUGUUGACCAGUCACAUUUUUUUUACAAACAAUGGUACCAUUUAGCAUUUUUCUUCCUUGAAUUUUAAAAAUCGAUUUUGUUAUUGCUUACCACUGAAUAUUAGAAUUCAGUCCACGUUUCCCAUUUAGAUACUGUGACUGCUUUGAGAAGGUGUUGUUUAAGAGACCUAGGGUUUAAUAUUCAUUAUGUCAUUCUACUAAAAUCAUUAGCUUUUGGAGAUCAAUGAGAGUAUAUCAGAACCAUUGGUGAGAUAUAUGCAAGUUGUAUCAUUACUGUCAAGCCACUUAAUGGGCUUUGAUGAAAAACCCACACUUGCCAUAAUGAGUACUUACUGUCAAACAGGAGGCAGGGAAUUUUGUGAAAAGAAUUAUUCUGAAAAUGCGUGAAUGAAAAUGAGAAGAAAGUACAUAUUUGAUCCAACUAAUCACAGAUUUUAAAAUGCUUGACUAUUUUUUCUCUUGUCUCUUUAUUGGACUUCUCAGUGUUCUUGCAUUUGGCUUUAAUAUUAUUUACUUGGUUGUCUGUCCUUAGUAUUUUGCUAUUGGAAAAAAUCAUGAUCCUAAAACUCAGUUAUUUGUGUGUGUGUGUUGAGCAAAUUAGCAAUGAGCUGGUGCCCUUUUGUUCAAUGAUACAUUAUUAAUUGAUAAUUACAUUGUGAAGCUUUUCUGUUUUUUUGAAGUGCAUGCUUUAAUAGCAGUUGGUAAUUCAUUUCCAUAUCAAUAUUAAUUUCUUGUCAAGUCUUGAACAGUGGUCAUGUCAUUAAAAGUGAUUUUACAUAAUAAAUAGUAUUAGGAUUCAGUCUUUUCCUCUCUGGCUCCACAAGUUAUUAUAAAAUAAAGUGUUUUUUAAAAAUCCAA